UUCAUGUGAUCCUGGGGGUGAAAAGAGGGACCAUAAGUCGGGAGAGAGAAAAAUAGUGGUGAAAAGUCAUAAAAUCAGGAAGAGAGUGGCCUUUUUCCCUUAUUCUUAUUCAUGCUAGACGAACACUGGACAGGAAAACUCCAGUUUCCUGCUUUAAUGUGCUAAGGAUUGCUUGUCUUUUCCUAAUUAAGGAGAGCCUGCUGAGAGAGUUUCCGACAAUCACAAUGGGGAACGAGAACAGCACCUCUGACAACCAGUCAGAGGAUGCUGGCUCAAAUAACAUCAUCCUGCUGCCACCAAACCCGGGUGUACCACAGGGGGUGUCACCGAUUCCUGCAGCAGAAGCAGCACAGUCUCCUGGAAAUAAUUAUGAUAUAAAGCAGAAACAGGGGAAGACAACUGGAAACACUGGUAAAGGCAGUUACUCCCCUGGUGUCUGGCCAGCUACUGCUGUGCCCCAUGCUGAAACUACACCGGCGUUACUGAGCAGUGACACCAGCAUCAAUCAUGGAGUCACCAGUGGCUACACAGUGGAGGGGGCAACCAACCUCAGGUCAUGUGCUGUGUCUUUGGAGGUGAUUGGACAGAGAAAUCUCCCACAGGAAGCCCAGAAGACGGUAGCGUCUGACUCCUCAUCCCACUUGGCUGAAGGAACACAAGAGAGCAGCAUCUCUGUCACCAUGCCUUUUGCAGAACAUAUCCAAGAUGUUAUCCAGACAAAUCAGGCCUUGGCCAGUGAAGAUGGACUCAUCCUGCAGGGUAACCUAGGGGAGCCUGUGCCAGACAGUGCAGACGAAGACCAAGUGGCCCUUGCCCCCGAGGUAGAAGGCAGGGUGGAGACCAGCCUGGUCACUGCUAUUGUUCCUGCCAAUGAUGGACAGAGUGCACCAAGGGAAGGGGACAGGGACUCUUCUUCUGAUCACCUUACCAUGUUACAAGGGGAUUCAGGGACGCAUUCAAGGAUAUUGGAGCCAUUAAAACCGAUGGUGCAGCUGUCUGGGAAGGGUGAUCCACAUGGCAGCUCCUCUCCCCCUGGGAAAGAAGCUGGAGAUUAUGUUACCCCUCAAGAGGCCCAGCAGACUCCAGAGCCCCUGCAAACAAAUCACAAGGCCCCAGCUGGAGCCCAGAGAGGUGAAAAGAACGCAGAUGGGGUAGCUGGUCUGCUGUUGAAACAGGAGACCCUGUUACUGAAUGACACUGCCCCAAGCAUGUCAGAUGGAGAGGAAGACAAAGUGCUUGUGAAACCUCAGCAUUUGGCUGGCGAUUCCCAAGUCCUCAAUGCCCACUGCCAAGAUUUUAAGGAUGUAGAAGCUGCCCAAGAAACUGAGGCAAACACCUCUCCUUUGGAAUAUAAUCAGGAGACGAUAGCAACUCAUCUUCCCCUACCAAAUUUACCCCAGAAGCCUGUCCCGGAUCCAGAGGCCAAAGGUCCUUUAAGGGAAUCUGUCACCAUAACUGAUGUUCAAAACCCCCUUCAGAGUGGGACACAAGAAACGUUAUCUGAUAAACUAGGCCCUGGUGCCGAAGGAGAGGGGCUUAAACCUGUGCUUUCCCAAAGAGAGGAAGUAUCUAUGAUUUCCAGUAUGGGUUCAGAGAAUGCUCCAAAUCCAGCUGCUACUGUUUCUGAAAUGAGACCCAAUUGUUUGGCCACAGAGACUCCCGUUGUAGUGGCUACUGAGACUCUUCCAGGCCCCACAAAAGGGUAUCCCAUGACAGAUAUAGGAAUGGUAUCAGGGAAUGUAGAUUUAAGUGGCGAGAGCAAAUAUCCUGAGAUGAGCCCUAAGGAAGAUUCUGUCCAUUUAUCUAAGGAUGAAAUGGAAGCUCCCAUGGAUGAAGGAAAAACAGAGAGAGUACAAGGAGCAGUCCCCAUUAUGCUUCCCAGUGGGUUGAAUAAAAGCAUGGGGGGAAAGCUGGAGUUGAAUGAUGAAGGCCAGAAACUUGUUGAUGCUGCAAAUCAAAAUGGCACUAAAGAAGAAAAUCAAAGCAAUAACUCUCAAGAAAAGGAAGUUGCUGCACAGGAUACCAAAUCCACCAAACCUGUGCAUUCAGAGGAGGAGACCUCACUUGAUUCCAGUGGCAGAUCCAGUCAGGGAGUGAGUAAAGCAAACCCCACAAAUUUGGAGCCCACAUUGCUUCACCAUCCAGACUCAACACAGUUGCUCAAGGCCAUAGGUCUCAUGGAGCUGGAGCUGCCUGAGAGUCAGUCAGAAAACUCAGCCUUGUGCUCCUUGGCCUGUGAGAUGACUGAUGGAAUCUGUGCUGUUGGUACAGGUGGUCUCUUGCCUGUGCACUGUGGGAGCAGUAAUGUUCAACCUGUGGAGCAGGAUGGAGAUGAUGGACAGGCCACUUCUAGAGAAACUAUUCUAGAGGUUACAGGACUACAACCUGAGCUCCCAGAAACUCUUCAAAGUCCUGAAGGAGUGGAAAGAAUGGAAUCCGUUCCUGUUGGAGAGCCUGGGAAAUCUGGUAUGUGUGUCCCUCCAGGAGGUGAUGCUAAUCCUGAAAUCCAGGAGGCUGAAAGUAAAGGACACAGUAACCAAUCAAAUAAUAUGUCUUGUAGCAAAGAUGCUGAGGGCAUGCUGGUAUCUACGGUUGGACCUUUAAGUACUCCUGCAAAUGAGGAAGUUGGACAAGAAUUCAACCCAGAUGUGAGAAACCAUCCUGAUAAUGAGACCUUGACUGAAAAAAGCGAAGUGGAGGCGCAGGGGCCAGCGCAGAAUCAGCAGGAAAAUGCAUCGUCUGCAGGUAACAGCAGGACAAGGAUCACUCAGUUAGGAAAUCCUGAACAAUCAGCAGACAUUUGUUCCCAACAAUCUCACUUAUGUUCAGAACUUUCUGUCUCAACAAACUUCAGUGAUAACACCUCUCCCUUUGAAAACAGGAAAGAGAUUCCUCCAGAUGGUCUUGAAGGGAUGAAGGCCAGGACUGAAGAUAUCUCAAAAACCUUACCGCCCCCAGAACUCGGGGAAAACUUGAACUAUCCUCCUUCCUAUAGUGGACAGGAACCAAGUCCAAUAUCAGAGUUCCAAAAUAUGCAGUAUGAAGAAAGUCUGAAUGGUAUCCAAAGUUCAGGUACACAUGAUUCUAAGGAAAAAAUUAUGGGCAGUCCUUCAACAGAGGAGUUGGCCUCAUCAACACUAACAAGAGAAAAGUUGCCUCUGGUGAUGGACCAAGAGAAACAGUGUAGCACUGAACAGUCCUUCGGUAUUUCUCCUCCUGUGGUGGUUGAUUUAAGAGACUCUUCUCUUCAAGAUAACUUAAAUGUCAAAACAGAAGAAAGUUGCUGUACUAGGCAGAUGCCUGACAAGCCCCAGCAGGAGAAGGAGGAUGCUUUGAUCUCAGAUACUCAGCAUGAAGAAACAUGCCGAGAUAAUGAGUUUUCUAAGGCAGCUGACAUGCAUGCACAGCCCAGUAGCUUAGGUAAUACGGAAAACGCAAGUGAAAAUGAGGUAGGGGCUCCGCCUUGUCAUCUGGGUACACAACCAUCUAUUAAUGCUGCUACUAACAUUCAGCCUGCUCCAUCAAUUUUCAGAUUCCAUAGUACACCUCCUGCUGCCCCAGAGAAGGUGCUUGGUGAAACUUCGAAUAGCAGUCAGCUUCUGUUGGGCACGCAGGAGAAAACUGAACUUCCAGCUCCCUCAAACCAGGAGACUCUGUCACUCAGUAACAAAAUCAGCACCCAAGAGGACCAUGUCAAACAGAAUUUUGAAAGUGUAUCUGCUGAGAGAAGAAAAAAUGUUGACCAAGGAAUUCUGGCUACAUGUCUGGCAUCACACAAGCUCGGAGAAGCUGCUGCAAACAAGGACUUCCUUCAGACUGAAUGCAGUCCUAAGGUGGAUGCUGAGCCAGCUCCCAGUAGUGGUGAGAAUGAAGCCACCUUUGUCUCAGGUAGUCCCUGCCAAACUGGGCAGAAGUCUGGCAGCUACAAGAAUGACUCAUCACUCAAAAGUGAAAUGGGUGGAAUUGUCAGUAAUGUCUCGGGUGCUUUGGCAUGUCAGACCGUCUCAGACAGGGAGCAGCCAGAGCUGCCGACUGCUGGGAUAUCCAGUCAGAUAUCAGAGGUGGCUCCUGAGAAUCUUAACCUCAAUAUAAGCAACACUGUGGAAAGAAAAUCAGAAGAUAGCAAGACAAGGACUGAUUCCACCAAAGAGCCAAGUGUUUCUGAUGAAAGUUCCUGUAUUGAAGGGAAGUCUGUGUUCACCUGCGGGGACUCUGCAAAUUUGUUUACAGAUUACCUCUCACCCAUGUUGAAGCCUGCCCAGACAAGGGAGGAAAUAUCUGCAAUUAAAUCCAAAGAAAUCCAAAACGGGAGAAACUUCAAGUCCCAGCCAGGGAGUUCUGGGGAAUGUAUUCAGAAAAUGGCAGAUGUCCCAAGAGAGGAUGCAAAGAAAAGUAAGGAGAAGGCAGGAGAUACCUCCAAUGUGCACAGGGACACAUCUGAGUGUGAGAACUCUGGUUUGGGACAACCUAGCAUGAUGGCUGGAUUUCCUGAUUUCAAGGCGCAUAUCAGCAAAAUAUUUGAGAAAUCUGUCCUUGGUGCUUUGACCACUGAUCGUCCACAGUUUACUCUGCAAAAAAAUGAUGGGUUUGCAUGGAGCCCCAUGGGAAAGGACUCUUUGGUGCAGCUAAGCACAGAGAAGCAUUCACAUCAUGGUCAAGGAGGAGACUACAUCAUGAUUUCCACUACUCACAUGGGACAAGGAGUAGAUGCUAAAGGUAAGGAGCAGAAAUUGACUUUGGAGACUGUCUCCUGCCAAACAAACCCAGACAAGUUGACUUGUCAAGAAGGUAUAGGCAUAGAAAAGUCACCAGGCUUAACCGCUCCCACCAUGAAACAGAACCUACUAGAUACCAACUUGGAAAAGAAUGGAAUUGCAUCUGGUGUCUCACAAGAAGAAAAUAAAACAGAAAACUCUAAAACAGCUGGUGAGAAAUAUAAAGGGAUUACAUUUGAGGCUCAAAAGCUUCAGGGAGGAGGAAAGCAGGAAUUAGUUUCAAGUCUUCCUUUAGACAUUACUGUGCAGAAGACACCUUUGGAAAAUGCCACCCUUUCUAAGGGUGAGGAGUAUUAUGUUAUCUCCCAGGUCCAUUUGGAGAUGCCUUUAUCUCAAGAGGGUCUGACUCCUCCAGGAAGCCAGCAGCAAGAAAUACCCCCCAGCAAAAAGGUGCCCAAAGAUGAUGAGCUCUAUGCUUCGAUUGGCACCAAGGAACUGGACAACAGCCCAGGACUCGGGCAUGUCAAGGAAAUUUCCUCUCCACCUGGGGAUAUUCCAGUCUUUCCAGCUGUAAGCAAUAAGCAGCUCAGUGCUAGCAUGCCAAGGAAUGAAAAGAGGCUCCAGGGUGGUGACAGUGCUCGUGACGACUCAAGAACUUCGGGGAGCCCAAGAGCAGAAAAUGUUCUGGAUUUACCAAACCCCAGUGGGCUAUUGAUGCGUUCCAUGGUUGACUGCUUCAAACAGGAGUUAGGUUUGCAGGGCUUCCAGUUAGGUGUCUUACAAGAACCUGGCCUGGGGAUAGAAAAAGCUCCAAAAGCAAAAAGUGAAGAUUCUUUUACUAAAGUAGAGUCAGAAACUCAGACCUCUGAGGAUCAGCCCUUAAAAGGCAGCCCUGAAACAGGUACUUCGAGAGUGUCAUUUAGCCCAGAUUGUGACUCAACUCUGCAAAUGAAGCACCCCAGUCAAGGUCCAGAGGCUCAGUGUGGCCCCUUGAAGGCAGUUCUGGGGAUGGAGGAGAAGGAUGCUUCUCAGUGUUUAGAGAACCAGACUGGAAACCAACAGACUGACCAACAUUCUGAGCAUGAAUUUGCACCACCUGACAAUGAUGACAAGUUACCCGUCUGCUCACCUCCUGAAGCAGAUAAAGGAGAAGUCCAGAACCCCCAAGAUGUUGUUUCAGAAGAGAAACUCACAGAAAGAAAAAGCCCCAAGCCUGAUCGUUCUCUUCUCCCUCUGGUACCUGAGAAGGAUGCUCUAGAUGUUACAGCUGGCUCAGCCAAGUCCAACAAGGAUAAUGGAGUAGAAAGUUCUCCUGCAUUAGGUGAUGUUAUCCAUUCGACAACAGCUGUUGAUCCGCUAGGGCAGCCUGUAGCUGUUUCUUCUCCCUGUCAUGAUGUCACAGUCCUGGAUACUGCUGAGCUGACUGCAUCCAGGACCUCCAGGGCAAAAGCAACCUGUGAGAACAUUGUUCCUGCAUCCUCUGAGGACUUACAUUUGGCUCCCACCCCAGCCAAUGAUGCAGAAUUAUCAGCUUCUCAAAGCCAACAUCUGAAGAAGGAUUUGAAAAGGAGUUCCGACUCUGAAGAAGCAUUUGAGACUCCGGAAUCAACAACUCCUGUCAAAGCUCCUCCAGCCCCACCACCUCCACCUCCAGAAAUCAUCACAGAGCAGGAAAUCAGACCACAGCCACCUCCAGAAGACCCAGGGCUGUGUGCUGAGACCGUUUCCAUCACAGAUGUGCCACAUAGUGAAUCAGUGGAAGGAAGCCCUUUCCGUCCUCCAUCUCAUUCUUUCUCCACUGUCUUUGACGAGGACAAACCAAUAGCCAGCAGCGGGACAUAUAACUUGGACUUCGAUAACAUCGAGGUGAUAGAUACUUUACAGACCUUGGAACCCAGCUCCUCAGAUGCCAAGAAUCGGGACUCCAAAGUGAAUGUCCGGAGAAAAUCGACAGACUCUGUCCCAGUCUCCAGAUCUACCUUAUCCCGAUCUCUCAGUUUGCAAGCUAGUGACUUUGAUGGUGCUGGUGGUGCCUCUCUGGAGAAUAACGAGGCAGGGGCAGUAGCAGCUGAUGCCUACAGCACGGGUACGACCAGCGCUUCCAGUACCCUUAAAAGAACUAAAAAACCCAGGCCCCCUUCCUUAAAAAAGAAACAGACCACCAAAAAACCCACAGAAACACCACUGGUAAAGGAAACACAACAAGACCCAGUGGAAGAGAGUCCUGUUAUCAGUGAGGAAAACCCAGCAUCUGAAACAAAAACGGAAUUGGGUAAGAUAAACGGUUCAGGACCAGAGUUGUCAGAGGAGAGCCCCCUGGAGACUACUGUUGGAUCCAAAGCAGCCUAUCCCCUGGACCCUGAUAGUGCCGAAGGGGAUAUUCCACCUAAAACAGGCAACAGCAAAGUGCAGAACUCACCCCUGAUUGGGAAAAAGACAUUGCCUCUGACCACAGCCCCAGAGGCAGUAGAGGUGACACCAUCUGACACUGGAGGUCAGGAGAACUCCCCAGCCAAAGGGCUCUCUGUAAGGCUGGAGUUUGACUAUUCUGAAGAUAAAGGAAGUUGGGACGACCAACUGGAAAACCCCCCUCCUCCCAAAAAGAUAGGUAAAAAGCCAGUUGCCAAGAUGCCACUUAGGAGGCCAAAGACUAAAAAGACGGUGGAAAAACUUGAUAAUGCUCCUGCCUCACCCACUAAGUCCCCUGUUGACCCUAAUGAAAUCCCUAUCUCCAAAGGCUCCUAUACCUUUGAUAUAGAUAAAUGGGAUGAUCCCAACUUUAACCCCUUUUCUUCCACUACGAAAAUACAAGAGUCUCCCAAACUGCCCCAACAGACAUACAACUUUGAUGCUGACAUCUGUGAUGACUCCAUUGACCCUUUUAAGACAUCUUCUAAGAUCCCUAGCUCACCUUCUAAGUCCUCAGCUUCUUUUGAGAUCCCAGCCAAUGCUGUUGAAACCAAUGGAGUGGAAGGAGACAACCUAAACAAGCCUGCAAAGAAAAAGAAGACGCCUCUAAAGACGAUGGUAGAAGAUGUGAUGUCUGUAUGUUCUCUGUUUGAUACAUUUAGGGUGAAAAAGUCGCCAAAACGGUCUCCUCUGUCUGAUCCACCUUCACAGGAUCCCACUCCACUGCCUACGCCAGAAACACCCCCAGUGAUCUCUACUGUGGUUCAUGCAACAGAUGAAGAAAAACUAGCAGUGACCAAUCAGAAAUGGACUUGUAUGACAGUGGAGCUAGAUGCGGACAAGCAAGAUUACCCUCAGCCCUCUGACCUGUCAACUUUUGUAAAUGAGACCAAAUUCAAUUCUCCCACAGAGGGUAAGCAAAUUAAUGGCCAUUCGGACCCCAACCCCAACCUGGAAAAACUUGCUCCAAAAGAGCAAGAGGCAAUGAAGGACCAUAAAGAAAAUCAGAAGCCAGAGCUGGAUUAUAGAAACUCUUAUGAAAUAGAAUAUAUGGAGAAAAUCGGCUCCAACUUACCUCAUGAUGAUGGCACCCCGAAGAAACAAUCUCUGUAUCUUAUGUUUGAUGCCCCUCAGGAGAGUCCAGUCAAAUCUCCUCCAGUUCGGUUAUCUGAUUCCCCAACUCCAUGUUCAGGAUCAAGUUUUGAAGAAACAGAAGCUCUGGUGAACGCUGGAAUGAAAAUCCAGCAUCCAGUCUCACGAGUCCUGGCUCCGAACUCAGAGACACACUUGCAGGCUUCAGAAAAGUCAAACCAAAAAGAGUCUAUGGGCUUAGGAACAACUUCAGAUGCUCUCGAAAGAAGAGCUCCUGAAGAUUCCUAUGUCUCUGCUGAAGCUCUUCUCAAUAGGAUAUCUCAUCAAACCUCAAUAUGUGAUGCACUUGAAUAUCUAGAGCCUGAUUUAGCAGAAAAGAACCCCCCAGUAUUUGCUCAGAAACUUCAGGAGGAGUUAGAGUUUGCGAUCAUGAGGAUAGAAGCACUGAAGCUAGCCAGACAGAUUGCCUUGGCUUCUUUCAGUUCCUUAGAUACCAAGAGAGAAGCUGCACUCCCAGCAGAUGUUCCCAUCUCUAAAACUGCCUUGUACUCUCGCCUUGGGACCUCUGAGUCAGAAAAACCUCCAGCCCUUCUUUAUCAACAGUCGGAUUUAGAUGCUUCACUCCGAAUCGCUAGAGAAGAGAUUAUCACCAAGGAAAGAGAGGUCUCAGAAUGGAAAGACAAGUAUGAAGAAAGUAGACGGGAAGUGAUGGAAAUGAGGAAAAUAGUGGCAGAGUAUGAAAAGACCAUCGCUCAAAUGAUAGAGGAUGAACAGAGAGAAAAGUCGGUCUCCCACCAUACUGUCCAGCAGCUGAUUGUGGAGAAGGAGCAAGCCUUGGCUGACCUGAACUCAGUGGAAAAAUCUUUAGCUGAUCUUUUUAGGAGAUAUGAAAAAAUGAAAGAGGUCCUGGAGGGUUUCCGCAAGAAUGAAGAGGUGCUAAAAAAAUGUGCUCAGGAGUAUCUGUCCCGUGUGAAAAAAGAGGAGCAGAGGUACCAGGCACUCAAAGUACAUGCAGAGGAAAAACUGGACAGAGCCAACGCCGAGAUUGCACAAGUCCGAGGAAAGGCUCAGCAGGAGCAAGCAGCCUACCAGGCCAGUCUCCGAAAGGAGCAGCUGAAGGUAGAUGCUCUGGAAAGAACACUGGAACAAAAGAAUAAAGAAAUAGAAGAACUUACCAAGAUUUGUGAUGAACUGAUUGCCAAAAUGGGGAAAAGCUAACUUUGAACCAAAUUUUUGGACUACACUAUUGAGUGCAAUAUGACCAUUGGCACACUGAUGUCCAUACCUUUAUGUGGACAGGUUAUAUUUUCACUUUUUCGUAUGCACUACUGUAUUUUCUUUCUAAAUAAAGUUGAUUUAAUUGUAUGCAGUUCUCAGAAGACUAUCAGAAUUUCUUGCUAUUGUUUGCAUUUUCAUAGUAUAAUUCAUAGCAAGUUGAUCUCAGAGUUCCUGUAUCAGGGAGAUUGUCAAAUUCUCUAAUAAAUGACAAAUUGCUGAUCCUAGCUUAUCCCUUUGUACAUGAGUUCCCAUGUUGGGUGUCUUUUGGAUUUAAUAUGAACAUGUAUAACUUUGCAUGGGGACUCUUGCCUUAAGGAGUGUAAACUUGAUCCGCAUUUGCUGAUUUGUUUUAAAAAAAACACACACACAAAA